CGAAGUCAACGGGCGUCGCUGGUUGAUGACGUCGUGGCUCGGUUGCCAUGGCGCGUUAGGAGCUGGUAAAGUCUCACAGGAACAACUUCUUCAUGUGUAUAACUACAGAAGUCUGAGAGCCUACCGCUGUUUAAGCUUCAACUGAGGCUGAGAUGGACAGAGCAGCAGAUGAUGUGCUGAGUGGUGUGGAGUCGUUCUCCUCCUCUCCUCCUGCUGCUGCUGUCUCUCUCUCCUCCUGUCUGUCUCUCCCUGUCUCCUGCUCCUCCUCUCCUCUCUCAUCCUCUCGUCAGGUCACUGCUCGUCUCUACUCCUCCCUCCAGCACAGCCGAGAGCAGGAGGUCAAAGGUCACCAGGCCGACACCCAUCACACGCUCACCCCCAGACAGGUAUCCUUUAAGGUGACUUCUCCUUUGGUUACCAUGACAACAUCUGCACCCCUUCUGCGCUCUGAUAGGCUGAAUGAGUCACAGGAAGUGGAGUUUGGUCUCGAUGCGUGCUCCUCCAGUGAUCUCAGGAUCUCUGGCCUGGAGGAGGCGGAGUCAGAACCAGAGCCAAUCACUGCAGAGAUGGACCUGACCCUACAGAGCAGCACUAAACUCUUGAGCGGCCGGCGGCACAUUGAGGAGAUGGAGAACGUGAGGAGUCAUUUACAGACAAUGCUGAGAUCCAGAGCUACUGACCCACACGAACUCCUCCCCUCUGCGUUACAGCAUCUUCAGGACAACGAGAGUGACACCACCUCUCACCUGCUCAGUGGUGUAGAGGAGUUGUUCCCGCGGUAUUCCCGUCUCCGUGCUGAUUUUGACUCCGCCCCUUUUCACACUGUCUCUGAGCUGCAGGUGAUUAGAGAGAGUCUGGAGAGAGAAAGAGCAAGACGCAAGCACACGGAGCAGCAGCUCUUGGCAGUACAGAGUAAGGCGUUAGGGCUGCAGCAGCAGUUAGCGCUCGCCGUGUCCGCAGAUCGUAAGAAGGACAUCAUGAUCGAGCAACUCGAUAAGACGUUGGAGAAGGUGGUGGAGGGGUGGCGCCGGCACGAGCGAGAGAAGAGCGAGGGAGUGAGACGGCUGCAGGAGGAAAAGGAGGCAGCGGAGAGCGCGCAGGAAAAACAGAGAGAGGCUUUGGCUUGCCUUGAGAAGAGUCUGUCAGAAGCAGCAGAGACGCUGGACAAAGAACAAAAACGCACCGAAGACCUACAGAACACCAACAAACAGCUGGAGAGUGUCGUGGCGGAGCUGCGUGUGCGUGUAGGCGAGCUGGAGCGGGAGGCGGAGCGUCUGUGUGCUGAGGUGGAGGAGGAGAAGGCGGAGGUGGAGAGACUCCAAACACACAGCCUGGAUCUACAGCAACAGCUGGAACAACACAACCUCGACGCCAAACACACACACACACACCUGCAGCAGGAGCUGACCCUGCUCACACAACAGCUGGAGACAGAGAGGGAGCGAGUGGGUAAGGAGGUGCAGCUGCGUGAGGAGGCCCAGUCCAGACUUCAGCAGCUGCAGCAGGAUCUGGAGGAGACGAGGAGAGAGAGAGACACAGCCAGAGUGGACCGAGCACUGGACCAGGCUCGGUUUGAGGCUCAGCGCUCGCAGUGGGAGGUGGAGCUCCGACUCUCUGUGGAGCAGCAGGUCACAGAACGACUGGCAACCAUACAGGAGGAGAACGCUACUGCUACAGCUAAACUACGGGAACAGCACAGGAAGCAGCUGCUGGACCUGAGUGCUCGUCAUGAGCGAGAGCUCUCUGUUCAGUCGGAUGAGUUCCGAGCGCAGCUGAAGGAGAGAGACGACCGACAGCACCAGCUCACACUCAACUUCAACAACAAGAUGGCAGAGCUACAGGAGGAGCUGGUUUCCGUGGAGACCAGUAAGAGGAGGCUGGAGACACAGAGGGAGGAGCUUGUGUCUCGCCUGCAGGGAAUGAUGCGCUCCCAUUGGGCAGAGGCUCUGAGGCUGCUGACCAAUCAGGAGCGGAUUGAAGAGGUGUUGUCCAAACCUCACUCAUCCCCUCGAACUCAGGACACCAGCAUCUGCAGCACGGCACACACGCUCUCUACAGCUGCUCCUCAGGCGCUGGUCCUGCAGCUGUGCAGAGAGCGAGAGCGAGGGAUCAGGGGACGAGCGGAGUCAGACUUCAGCCUCUUACACCACAGUCACACCUUCAGUCCACUGGAGCCAGUGCUGGAUGACACACACCUCACAGGUGAUGGUGAUCUGUGGGACAGGCCUGUGGGAGGAGAGAGACAGACAGCAGACAGAGGAAGUGAUGGAGGGAGAGAACAGACAGAGCGAGAGAGAGGAGGAGAGACGACUCACUUCCACACUCAGGAUCUGCACUGCGACAGGAAUCAGCCUGACCUCCGAGUCAGCAGACAACCCUUUCCCAAUCCCAAUCCCAAUCCCAGCGCGAAUCCGACUCCGACUCCCAACCCCAACCUCCGACCGAAUCAAGCACACGCCUCCACUGACGUACGGGCCAAUCAGAGCUCAGAUAAGGGGGCGGGGCGAUGUGAUGUAUCCAAGCAAAUGUACAGCAGUACAGGGACCACAGCUCCGCCCACAGACCAGGCCCUGUCAGUCAAAGUGAGAGCUCCUCCCCCUGCGACCAGCGUGUCAUCUUUGUGUGACGAGAGACAAAAUGAACUGCAGUACUACAUAGCGAAGCUGCUGGAGCGUUCUCCAGGUGAACCUCUGGAGGAACAUCAGGUAGAUCAAAGCAAGAACAGACCAGAAUCACAGCCUGCUAACUCAGGUGUGAGCUCUCAGGUGGAGCUGAAGCUGGAGCAGCUCGCUGACCACCUGCACCUGACGCUGCCUCCGACACACACCACGCAGCAACUGCAGCAGCUCCUUGACAGCUUUAUUAGGUCGGGAGAGAUGGGUGCUGACCCGGUCCGAGCGAACCUGGACCGCAGACUUGCACAGCACGACAGGAAGGAGCAGCGUCAGUCUGUGGCUCGCUCCACGCAGAACACGACCACUCGAGGGCGCCGGACUGGACCCCAAGGUCAAAGGUCAGGGUCGAAAGUCAACGCCUGGAGAUGAAUGAACUCGCGCGUUUCUUCUGUGUGUGACGGAAAGUGGACUCUCUUUUAUACUGUUUUUUUUGUACUAAUUUAUUAUAAUCAGAUGUGUUUUAUUAAAAUGCUU